UUUUUAUUAUUCAUGAGACAAAUAUGUGACACUGUUUUUUUUUUUACAAACUAUAAAAAUUAUUUUCAGUGAUCGUGAUUUUGUGAAAUAAAAAUAAAUAGAAAUAAAAAAGGUUGAUUACGUGAAAAGUGUAUAUUGGAAAACUUGUUAUUAAAAAAAAAAAGAAUAGAAAGAAAAUAAAUAAAAAUGGAGUGGUUAUUUGGAAAACGAGUAACACCGGAAGAAAUGUUGAGAAAAAAUCAAAGAGCAUUAAAUAGAGCAAUGCGAGAUUUGGAUAGAGAAAAAAUGCGAAUGGAACAGCAGGAGAAAAAAAUAAUUGCUGAUAUAAAAAAGCUUGCAAAAGAGGGACAAAUGGACGCAGUGAAAAUAAUGGCAAAAGAUCUUGUAAGAACGAGACGUUAUGUUAAAAAAUUUAUGUUAAUGAAGGCAAACAUUCAAGCAGUUUCACUAAAAAUUCAAACUCUACGUUCACAAAAUACAAUGGCUCAAGCGAUGAAGGGAGUCACAAGAGCAAUGCAAAAUAUGAACAGACAACUAAAUCUACCGCAAAUUCAAAAAAUUCUUCAAGAUUUUGAAAAACAAUCAGAAAUAAUGGACAUGAAGGAGGAAAUAAUGAAUGACGCAAUAGACGAUGCGAUGGAGAACGAGGACGAUGAGGAAGAAAGUGACGCUGUUGUGUCACAAGUUCUCGACGAGCUUGGCCUACAAUUAACCGAUCAACUCUCUGGUUUACCGCAAGCUUCCGGAUCAUUGGGCAUCGCUGGUUCGAAGCAACCUGCAGUUGCUGCGGCUGCAGGUGCCGAUGAUGGCGGAAGUCUCGCGGACGCCGAUGCCGAUUUACAAGCACGUCUCGAGAAUUUACGUCGCGAAUAGAAAAAAAAAACAAGUGCAAAAGAUGGGUAAAAAAAAAAUUGCACUGACAAAUUUUGUAUAAAUAGUGUAUAAAGAAAACAAAAAAAAUAAUUUUCUUUCCACUUGUGAUAAUAACGUAUAAUUUAAGCUUCGAUUUAAGUUUCAAGAGCAAGUUUAAAUUCAAAACCUUUCAUGGAUGCUUGAUAAAAUUUAAAAUCGGCUAUUUCACAGGUAAAAGUACAAAAAAAAAAAAAAAUAACUACAAAAUUUUAAUUACUAAUUACGAAAUUUAAUUAAAAUAAUAAAAUUAAGUUAAAGAUAAAAUACAACUUUUAUUUUGAAGAAAAUAAAAAGAUAUAUUUUUUGUUUUAUCUUCAAAAAAAGAAAGUUUUUGUAGAAAAUAUUUCAAUGGGUUUUAUUUUUCACUUGCUUGAAUAUGCAACUGUUUCUAAUUUCACGCUUAUAGAAUUAUUAUGUAAAUUUAGAAUAGUAGUUCUUUUAUGGAAUGAAGAAAAAAAAAUUUAUAAAUUGUUUUUUCUAUUUUAUAUAAGACAUAUAUUUAUAUAUAUAUAUAUACACAUUCACUGUAACUUUUAAUCUUCAUGUUUGUGUAGUUUUACAAUAAUUACAAUUGGAAAAUAAUACAUAUAUUGCUUUUGCCAAAAAAAAUGAAA